UCUGAUUUGUAAUCGAAUUGGAAGCAGUGAUAUAAACUGACUUUAAAGAAAGUUCCCUAGACUAAUUCGAUUUAUGAAACGUGUCCUCGGAGCAAUCCGAUCAAAUCCGAUUAGCUCAUAACAAGUAAAGGACGUGAUUGCAUCUUGAUUUAUUUGCAUUUCGAAAAAACCAUAUUAAGAUAUCAAACCUAAUCUUUUAUAAACACAAACAUGGAUUUAUUACUUUUAUGGAAUAUGUUUAAUGAUGACGAGGAAAAUGAACCUGAAUGGCAAAUACAUAGAGUAAGAGAAGAACAUAUUAAAAUUAAUAACUUUUAUGAAAACGUCGUUCUUUAUUAUUCAUUGAUAGAUUUUAAAACACAUUUUCACGUCAGAAGAGAAACUUUUGAAGUAUUGAUACAACAUAUUGGACCAUACUUAUUGCAACUAGACAAUUGGCCUAAGAUACUACUAGAGAAACAGAUAGCUGUAGCCUUGUGGAUAUUUGGCAAUCAAGAAGUUUAUAGGUUGGCAAUAAUAAAAUCCAUUUCUUAUAUUACAAUAAAAAUUCACAGGUAACAGAGUGUUACCUAUUUAUGUUUAUAAACCUAUUGAGUUUGUAUUUAUACGUAACUCUGUUACAUAUACUUUAUAUAUAACAGAGUUACAUAUAAACACAAACUGUCAAUAACAUAAUAUCAAUAUUAUAAUUUUCUACUCAACAAUGUAACUGUUACAUAAC